ACUGGAUAAGGAGCCUUUUCCACGCUUUUGCACAACUAUGUUUUGUUUCACGUCUGUAAAACCGUAUUACUAUUAACCAACUGUAGGUAAUGUAUUUAUUAAUCCGGAGCCAAACAAGUCAAAUUUUUCAGCAGAUAAAAUAUUUCAGUUUUUAAACUGAGGUAAUAUAAUAUACAUGUCAGGUAUCGAGUAUAGUUUUAGCAUUAGUAAAGGUUAUUAUUUCAAAUCAUGACAGAUUAUAAGGAAGACCAGAAAAAUGAAAUUGGGGCGCUCGAAUCAAUUUAUCCAAGUGAACUGACCGUCUUGUUGGAAGAACCUUUUCAUGUAUUUACAAUAGAUCUGUCAACAGAGAACUUUUCGAAUGAUCCAGUUCAUAUUGUUUCAGUUUGUCUGAAGUUCACAUACACACCUGGUUAUCCAGAUGAGGAACCACUAAUUGAAAUUGAAAAUUGUGAAAACUUGGAAGAAGAUGAUUCAAAAGAACUUUUAAAGUUUCUCCAAAAUGAGGCCCAGGAGAACUUGGGAAUGGUGAUGGUUUUUACUCUAGUAUCAGCAGCACUAGAGUGGCUAAAUCAACGAGGAGAGGAAAAUGUAAAAAAGAAACAAGAGGAGGAAGAAAAGAGAAAACGACAAGAAGAGGAGGAGGAGCAGAAAAGAUUUGAAGGAACUCGUGUGACUAUUGAAACAUUUCUUUCAUGGAAAGCUAAGUUUGACCUGGAAAGAGCCUCAUUGUCUAAGCAACAAAAAGCAAAAGAAGAUGCAACAAAAAAAUUUACAGGUCGAGAACUUUUUGAAAAAGAUCGGUCUCUUAUACUGUCAGAUUUAGAGUUUGGUCAAGAUGGUGAUGAUGUGAAGGUUGAUGAGUCCCUUUUCCAAGAACUUGAUGAUCUUGACCUUGACGAAGACUUGGAUGAUGAUUUUGAGUCAUACUAAAAUGAGAUAUGGCUAAUAAAAAUUGUUACUAAUUAA